CACCGAUGGGAACCAGCAGCACUGGGCACAGUCCCCCGGCGGGGGAGCUCAGUCCGCCCCUAGAGGCAUGGAGUUGCGGCUAUUGCGGGAAGGACUCGUUCUGUGCUCAGGUUGUUUUUAGACAUGGCAUGAGAGCAUUUUGGAAGAACAGAAAGUUGAGUCCAUUGUCUUCCCAUCAGAAGUUCUGAAUGAGCCAAAACAUUCUGAAGUGGUGUGGAACAGUAUCUCAACAGUGCUAACUGGAUAUCAUCAUUCUUUUUUCAACAAAGCUUUGACUGUUCUUACUCCUCUCUUCGGCCUCUCCUUUGCUUGUCUCAUGGCUCACAAGUUGACAGUCCACGAUUACCAGCUGCUGCUGAACAAAGGCUGGGUCAGGAGUGGGAAGUAUCUGUACAAAGCUGCUAUGCCUGUUACAUGUUGCCCCACCUACUCAAUGAGGUGCCACGUCUUGGACUUCCGGAUAUCCAGGUCACAGCGCCGAGUUCUAAAGAAAAUGCGAAAACAUUUAACACGUACUGAUGCUUUAGUGAAGGAAACUGCCGGGGUUAGCCCAGAGGAGGGCACCAAGUGCCAUAAUGGGGAACAAGCCCCUGGAGCUGGACAGGGAAAGUUGACUGCUGGGCAGACAUCAUGGACAUUCCCCGAGAGGUCCGAGGAAGACUGGCCAGAGGGGAACAGAGCAUCAGACCAACGGAGCGUGAACAACAGCCAGACCUGGGCUGUUGAAGAUGCAGACUCUCAAAUCCACGCCUGCCGCAAAACCAAAGAGAGUCGGAAGGAGCUACUGCAGAGUCCAGAGAGGGAGCAGCAGGUGGAGCUGGAAUCCACAGAAUCGGAACUGGUGGGACUGACAGAGCACAAGACCCCAGGUCAGGAAGCUGCUCCUUUGCCAGGUCCCCAGCCAUCCUUGUCACAAACCUCAAUGAACACUGUGCACCCAUCUCCCAUCCCACCUCCACUCCAUUCCAAGUCUGAGCCUAGCCGUACUAGAUCAUUAGAGGAGCUCAUAGUGGAGAACACGCCUGUCACAUCAUUGCACCAGCUGGAGGUGAAGCUGCUGAGACUCUCUCCACCCAGCCCUGAGCUACAGGCCACAUUUGGUGAAUCAUACAAGGUCUAUAGGCGCUACCAGAUGCACGUGCACAAAGACACUGAGGUGAUGGCCUCGGAGGCGGAGUACAGAAGGUUUUUCUGCAGUACUCCUCUUGUGGGGGAGGACCCAGCGGAUGGACCAGACACUGGCUAUGGCUCCUUCAUCGAACAGUUCCUACUAGAUGGCAAAAUUAUAGCUCUUGGCCUGUUGGAUAUACUACCAGAAGGAAUUAACUCCCAGUAUCUGUGUUAUGAUCCAGAUUACUCCUUCCUCUCAUUGGGAGUCUAUUCUGCACUCAGGGAAAUAGCACUAACUCAAAGGCUGAAUGAGAAGGUUCCAAGAAUGAAGUAUUAUUACCUGGGCCCUUAUGUGCACUCCUGCAUUAAAGUGAAAUAUAAGCUUCUGUACCAGCCAACAGAGCUGCUGUGUCCUGCGACUGGGCACUGGGUACCUGUGGAACAAUGUUUGCCAAAGCUGGAGAUAAGCAAAUACUCCAGGCUUUAUGAUGGUGAAGAAUCAGCUGCUGAUCCAGGCUUGUCCACUGAAGGCCUUUGGUUCCUGCGGAAUUUCCGAGAGGCUCUGAGCCCCUCUUCCUCCACCUCCGUUCAGACAGAGGAAGCCAUGCUGGUGGUGUCGCAGGAGGACCUCGUCUCGAGCCGCUCUUCCUCUGCCUCCACCUGGUGGUGGCGCUGCCCCUGCCUUGUCCACUUGCUGAGCUGCUGCUGCUGCACCAACUGUUUCCAAAAUGGGGCAGAGAGCUGACCACCACCACUGGCCAAGGGACUGCAAUGUGGCCGUUGCAUUUGGAAAUCGGGUGGCUUUUUUUAAUUAAUCCAGGACUCUUGGGAUGAAAAGUGGAGAGGAAGAGAGAUGGGGAAAGCCGUGAAGAUUCUGUUACAGGUCUUGGAAUGAGGGGAGAGCAAGGGGGACUGUAAAAAGAGGAGGAGGGCCUCCUAACAGACACUUUAACUUACCGUGAAACCACAAUGAACAUGGGAAAAGUCCUCAAAGCAGAACAUUGCACAAAACCCUAUGUUUACUUGGCUCUUCAGUCCCUUCAUCUCUCUUCCUUUAGUGCAAUAUCUCUCCAAAGCACAUGGAAUGUUCUAAUCCACAGUUAUAAUUGUUUCUGAGUUUAGAAAUGAUGGGCUUGUGCCAUAUAUGGCUGCUCUGAAGACAGCAGCUGUUCAUUUCUGCAGUAACCUGAAAAGGAUGUGCUGUAAUGAGGAUAAAAAUUAGACACUGAAGAUGGUGCAAAACAGACCUCAGUGGGAAUGAAAAUCCAGUGUUUUCUAGAUUACCCUAAAAGACUGCCUUCAUAUAAAAUUGCUUGGCAGUUUUGUACGUCUCAAACAUUCUAGUGAUAAAUGUAAUAUUGUGACCAAAUCUUCCAAUGGAAUCCGGGUAACAGCUGUCCUAGGUUGCGAACCAUCUUGUGACAUUUAUGAGAAGUAUUUAUUUGACAAUUCGAGCUAAGCAAUAUCAAAGUGUGUGUGGCAGAAGGAAUUCAGCUGGUGAAUGUUUCUCCCAUCAAUUGAAAGCGACAGCAUCUGACUGGUAUUUUGUGCAGCGCACUUGAAAUCUGAUUACGUUUUGGUGGGGAUUUUCUGAUUAGGCUUGAGGAACUCUGUCUAAUGGGAGUCAAUGGAAAAUUAUUUGGUCUUUGAGAUUCGAUGUAGUGGGAGAAAAUAGGAGUUUGGUGCUUCAGAUUUUUGUGCAGUGGUUAGUGAAAUGGGAAUGGCUGUGGACUAAUUGGGAUUAAGUGUUUGAAUCUUGAACUAAGGCUGGAUCCCUACAGCAUUGUUGAAACGGAACACUUCCGUAUAAAUCCCUGGAAAAAGUAAGUGUUUGCAUUCUAAAAAUUGUGGCACUAUUGGUAGUCAACUACGUAAUACAUACAUGCAGCUCACACUGCCUGUGUUAUAACAUCAGUUACACUUUGAGAAGUGUAACUAUAAAUAUGCGCUCAGGUGCUCACCUGCACUAUUAGGAAGCCAAAGAUGUGCCUGACAGAGAAUGUGUUCAUAAAAAGGACCACAUUGUGACCACAAGAUGUCACAAUUGCACACUUUAUUUAUAGCCACACCUAGUGGCAGAAAAUCAAUAAUGACAGCUGAAUGUUUAUUUUUUAAAUCUGUUUCAAUCAGUGUCCUGAAAAUAUAACCUACCUUGUCAGACAUUCCCACCUCUCCUCUUCCUUCAAUCUGAGCUAUCCUUAGCCCACACAUAUCCAUUUGGUCAGACUGUACAUUAACCAUAUGAUUUGAUUUGGAAGCACAACUGGAUUUGCCAACCCUCUAAGAUUGCCCUGGAGUCUCCAGGAUUUAAAUAUGAGUCUUUUCUUUAAAUACUUUAGUAUAUUAAUGUGGGUGGCACGGUGAUGCAGUGGUCAGCGCUGCUGCCUCAUGGCCCCAGGGCCCGGGUUCAAUUCUGACCUCGGGCGUCUGUCUGUGUGGAGUUUGCACAUGUUUCCUCCCACCGGUCAAAGACAUGCUGGUUCAGUGGAUUGGUUACGGCUAAAUUGCCCCUUCGGGUGUGUGUGUGUUCCCUGUGAUGGACUGGCGUUCCAUCCCGGGUUCAUUCUGUCCAGCGCCCAUUGUUGGCCGGGAUAGGCUCAGACUCCCCACGACCCUGAAUUGGAUAAAGCAGUUCUGGAAAAGUGAGUGAGAAUAUUAUUUAUGAAUAUAUAGAACAUGGCUGUUUGGCUGCCGAGAAUCACCAAAUCAGUGAGGAAGGGCCAAUCUGCCCUCUGAUUGGAGUAGGGAGGUGCACCACACAUGGACAUGUUGGGUGACCAAUGGCUGGGGUGGGACAGUUGGAGGUUGGAGAUCAUAGGAUGCAUUCCUCGAAGUUUCAUCACAUCAGAGUUGGCAACCCUGGUGCCUAGUUGGAUUGCUGUGACUUCUUUCUAUAUUGGUAGGGUUAAUGGGUAACUCAAUCUGUAGAACAUUUAUUUCCACUACUGAGUGCCAAAGAAGCUUUUUAUCUUUUAUUGAAAAAUCUAGGCAAAGGUUGAAGGGUGUUUGAUAUUAUCAAGGCUGCAAAGGGCAGGAGGAAGGACAAGGUAAAUUAAUGUGUGGUAAUUCAGAGACAUCCAGCAUGGAUUUGAAAAGCUAGCAUAUUGUAGGGGAGAGAGAAAGCUCAGGGGAGCUCCAUAUUUCAUGAAGCAAUGGAAAAGAUUGAGUGAGAGACAGUGCAGUGAGUCAGGAUUUCAAGACAAGGUGGAAGAGUAUUAUAUUUGUGUACAACUUAGGGAAAAAAAGGCAAGCAUUCCAAAUGGUCUCAUAAAGUGAUCAGAAAGUGCUGACCCCAAUUUUAUUUUCAUUCUUUCUAGGGAUGUGAGCAUCGCUGGUAAGGUCAGCAUUUGUUGCCAUCCCUAACUACCUUGAGAAGAUUGGGCUGAGCGUCUUCUUGAACUGCUAAUGUCCCUGUGGUGUAGAUGCACUCACAGUAGCAGUUUGAUACAACUGCGGUGCUGGUUGGACUAAUUCAGAGGGCAGUUCAGAGUCAAUCACAUUGCUGUGGAUGCAGAGUCACAUGUAGGCCAGACCAGGUCAGGACAGCGGUUUCCCUUCCAUGAAGAACUUUAAUGAACCAGAUGGGUUUUCAGGACAAUCAUUACUGUCACUAGCUUAUUCCAAAGUAAAUUAAGUAAUAUGAAUUUAAAUUCCACCAUGAGCUCAUGUUUCCACAGCAUUCAUCCAGGCCUCUGGAUUAUUAGUCAGGGGAGACAGUGGCUGAUGUCACUGGACUAGUAAUCCAGAGGACCAGACUGUUGCUUUGGGGACAUGAGUUCAAAUCCAACCACAGCAGAUGGCGGAAUUUGAAUUCAGUUGAAAGUUAGCCUCAGUGGCAGUGACCACAAAGCUACCAUUGAUUGUUGUAACAAUCCAUCUAGUUCACUAAUGAUCUUUUGGGGAAGGAAAUCUGCCAUUGUUACCCGGUCUGACCUAAAUGUGUCUCCAGGCCCACAGCAAUGUAGUUGACUCUUAACCUCCCUCUGAAAUGGUCCAGCAAGCCGCUCAGUUCAAGGGCAAUUAGGGGUGGACAGCCAAUGCUGGCCUUGCCAGUGACGCCCACAUCCUACAAAAGAAUAUUUUUUAAAACUACCAGUAACAUCACCACAGUACACUGUACUAAAUGAGGAUCCCAGUACUUAAAUGGAAAGAUUGAUAUUAAACGGGGGAUAACGUGGCUUUUCUUUUUCUUAUGUGAAAAAAAUGAGCAAAAAGGUUUGUAAGUUUGUGGAGCUAUUUUCAGCAACCGUUUCUUAAGUUGUUUCUAAUGUUUCCUGUCAAUCCCUUCAUGCUUUGUAGCACCCAUGGUUGACCUGAUCAACUGUCCAACUGUAAUUCUUGACAGUUGUUCUUUCUGACUUUUGACCAGCUGGCUUAAAAAAAAUCAAUCUGUAUGGAAAAUUACAACAAUAAGAUAAUCCAUUAUUGUUUAUGUAACCGAUGAACAUCAUCACCAAUUCUAGCUGAGUGGGUGUGUUCUUAAGUAGUGCCAAACUCCCCCAUCAGUCUUUUAACAGAAUUGCUUUCUAUAAUAAGGUAGGCUACCAUGGUUACUGGAACAAAAAAAUUGUAAGACUUAAAAUUCCUUUAGGCUGUGAGUGGGCCUGACCACAAUUUCUCCACUGAGCUAUUGUACUGCGGCAUUCCAAGUCUCCUUUUAACCUUUUUCAGUCCCUAGCAUUGUUCAUGUUGGCUUUCUACCCCUGGUACAGAGGUAGCAAGCAAUUUGUAAAGGGUUCUGUACUUGAUCCAAAGCUGGGAAAGUGGGAGGAAGAUCACUCCAGGUUCCAACUGCUGAUUGCUAUCAAAUGGCCUCUGAUGGGAGGUGUACCUGAGUAGAUUGAGUGAAGAUGGAUUUGGCCCAGUUGAGCAUAUCAGCCUAGAAUUACUGACUGGGAUCCAAGAAUGUGAUGAUAGUCUGUGUGGAAUUUUAAAUAAUUAAGCAUUUCCUUCAAAUGCUGGAUAAAAGAAUAUCAAAUAAAGAUGACAAAAACUUAUUUAUAUAGUGCCUUUACUGUCAUAAAACAUCCCAAGCUACUUCACAGGAGUGUAGUCAGACAAAAAUUGGUACCAAGACAAAGAAGCAGAUAUGAAGACAGAUGACCAAAGCCUUGGAGUUUUAAGGAUCAUCUUAUAGGAGGUGAGAGACGUUAAGGUAUUAACGCUCUUUAAGCUAUAGCACAAUGCUGCAGACCCCAAGUCCAAAUUUUGCAACGCCAUUGCUCUGCUCCACAAAACACAAUGAAACCGUUUGCACUCAAGCUUUCAACUCUGAUUCUAUAACCCACGGACCCAAAUACCUCCACUUGCUUUUGUGUGUGUUUGACCAAAAUAUCAGCUUCUUAAGGGUGCAUCUGCCGUGUGAGAUAAGUGACAAAAUAAUAACCCAAAUAUGUGGUGAGCAGCUCCACUCCUAAGUCGCAAGGACAUUGUUCGAACGUUGGUGUAUGGGGUGAAUCAUUCUUUUAAAUUAAACUUGAUAGGAAAUACCCCUUAAAGGGGCAUGCACAAAUUUCAUGCACUUGCUCAUUCCAAAUGAAGCUUGAGUUGCAAUGUAGACUGGAUAAAGUGCCUUUAGUAUUCUCUCUGUAAUAUUUUAUUGUCUAAUGAUUCAGACUUCAGCAAUACAUUCUUUUUCUAAAUGUUACAAUUGCAAUCUCAUGUGAAAUAAAUGAAUAAAAUUUAAAGUGCUUAUAUUUUGCAAUGACUGUGGAGGGGUCCUUUUGUUUAUCGAUUGCAUCAUCCAAGAAGGGGAGUUGCAGUCUGCAGAAGAAAAAAUUCAUUUAAGUAGUGCUUUUUUUGACCAAAGACAUCCCAAAGUACUUUACAGCAAAUGAAAGAUCUUUGAACAAUUUGUGCACAGCAAUGUCCAACUACCAGAAAUGCUACAAUAACCAGUUAAUCUGUUUUAGUGCUGUUGGUGGAGGAAUAAUUAUUGACCAGUGUAGGAUAAUGUAUUCAAUCGAGUCAGAGACUUGAGGGAGAUGUAAAGGGCUAAUGUUAAAUAUAUAAAUAGCUGUCUACAUUAUUGGUGAUGUAAAGUCACAUGACAGAGUAUGCUGACAGUUCUAUGUGAAGCCUCAUGCUAAGCCUUAUACUGUACAUUGUUGGAAUAGCAUUUAAUGAAAGUUAAUGCUUGCCAACUGCUUGCCUCCAGCAGUCCCUAUCGAUCCUGACCAAGUACCUCUUAAACUCAGAUCCAUAACAGAACCAGGCCUUAUACAAAAGCAAAAUACUGCUGAUGCUGGAAAUCUGAAAUAAAAACUGAAAAUGCUGGAAAUACUCAGAGGGUCUGGCAGCAUCUGUGGAGAGAGAAACAGAGUUCAUGUUUCAGGUUGAUGAUCUUACAUCAGAACUGAUGAAAGUCUGGUCUCAAUACUAUUAAAAGGCCAUAGAUUAAGAAAUGCACAAAGAAAAGUUUACAAUAUUGGUCCCAGAAUUGAGAGGUUACAGAUAUCGGGAAAGAUUGAACAGGUUGGGGCUUUUGUCUUUAAGACUUAGAGGUGAUGUGACCUUAUAGGGAGAGAAAGUUUCCAUUUGUGGGAGAAUCCAAGACUAGAGGUGAUAAAUAAAAGCUGGCUACUAAUCUUUUCCAACAGGGAAAUGAGAAAUUUCUUCACAUCAGAGUGUAAUAAAAAUGCAGAACUCACUACCACAGGAAGUAGUUGAGGCAAAUAACUCAGAUGCUUUCAAUAGGGAACUAGAUGAGUACGUGCAAGAAAAAGGAAUAGAAAUGCUGAAAGAAUGAGAUGAGGUGUACCGAAUGGGAUGAAUCUUUUGUGGAGUAUAAACACCAGCACAGACUAGUUGGGCCAGCUGACUUAUUUCUGCACUACAUUCUCUGAGAUGUUAUGUAAAUUCCCUAUUAUCUCCGUCCUCCCAACUUGACUCUUGGUGAAAGACUGGUAAUGCACUUUCUCCAACUCUUCUAUAUCCUUCCUGUAGUAUGAUGUUCAGAGCACAAGUACAGGCUGACUAAGGUCCUAAAUAAGUUUAAUAUAAAUUCACAACUUUUGAGUUUUAUACCCCUAGAAAUAAUUCCCACUGGUAUACAGCAUUUAAUGUUCAUCACCUGUAGGUGUGACAAUGUGCACAAGGAAUAUCUGAUCUAUUGAUCUCAGCUCCUUAACCAAAUAUUUGAAAUAUACCCCCAUUCCCUUUUCAUUUCUCCUGUAUCAUCUUAUUUGCCCUCUUACUGCCACCCUCUUUCACAGUGCCUCUCUCAUCAGCUCUUUCACCUUUACUCUCACUUCCACAUUCCUGCUUUCUGUCUUACCCUGUGUCUCAUUUUUUUCUGCCACUAUCUGCCUGAUUUCUUCAUUCUCAUUCUCUCUCUUCUUUCCUCUUCCCUGCAUUCAGUCAUCCCCUCUCUGCUUGCUUCUUUCUCUCCCUCUCACACAGUUAACCAUCAUCGACCCAAGUAGGUCUUCACUCUUCUGUAGAGGACAUUAGUAUUAUCAGUUUUGGGUUGUAGCAGCAGCAGGUGUUUCAUUCUUCAUCUCCCCCUUUACUUUUCUGCUAUUUGAUAGUUUUUAAAAGGUAGGCCAACAUUUCUUGCCUAUCCCUAGCUCCCUUUGUGAUGCUGAGCCCCCUCUUGAACUGCUGCAGUCUGUGCUUUGAAGGUGCUCCCACAGUGCUGUUAGGUAGGGGGUUCCAGGAUUUUGACACAGUGAUGAUGAAGAAAUGGUGAUACAUAUGGCCAGGUUGGUGUGUGACUUGGAAGUGAUGGUUUUCUGACAACGCCUGUUGCCCAUAUCCUAGGUGGUAGAGGCUUCAGAUAUAGGAGGUUAAUGUACAUUGAAGGCUUCUGCUGGAUAUCAUAGCACAUUUCAGAAAAAAAAAUGAAGAAAUAAGGCCACUGACUAUAACUUCAACAUGAAAUGAAUGUGGGCAGUCUCAGUCUUUGUUUGUAGUGGAUAUGGGUUCAGAGCCAGUAAUUGCUUAGCGCUCAAUCAAACUUGGAGGAACUGAGGAGGGUUAGUAUUGCUAGUGGAAAUGUCACCCUGGUAUAGAGAGUGCACUCUUCUGAAGUCUGAUUAAGGAACAUUAAUAGGGAAGUAAGUAGAGAGUCUUAUUCAGCAACUACUCUGCACAUCUAGUUGGGUAAACUCGAUGCUGACACUGAAAAGUGGGAAAGCAUUUCAUAGCUUCUCGGCUUGGAUCAUUUGCUGCUGGCCCAUAAUGUUUCAGAUUCAAACCUUAUGCAGGACAUGAAUGCACAGUCUAAGCUGGCAAAGCAGUACAACAGCAUUCAACACUGAGGGAAACAUACCUUACCAAAGGUUCUUCCCUCCAGAUAAGGUGAGAAUCCUGUCAGCUUGUUCCGGCAGUCCAAUGGAAAUUAAAAAUCCUAUUUCAUGAUUUGAAGAAAAGUAGAGAGUUCUCCCAAGGACACUGAAGUGGGUGAUAGUGAACCAGUGUGUUUCAUCUCCCUCUAAUUUAUUUCCAUCAAGGAUGAUAAAUGGGCUGUGGACUCACCCUUACCCAUAUUUACACUAUCAUAAAAGCUAAGCCUUUACAUCCAACACUGAACUCCUCGAGAUUUCACUUAAGCAUUUCAAUAUAUUCCCAAUUUCAGAUUCCAAGAUCUUAUAGCGAUGGAGUGUGAUUAACCAUGACCAAAACACAACAACAUUGAAUAUUAUCGGCUAAAUGUAGAUUAUAUCUGGAAUAUCCUAUUGGGAUGCAUGCCAUCAGAUACACUGGUGCUCAAGUACCUCCUUGUAUGUUCUGAAAGAUUGUUUAAAAAAUUAGUUUUGAGACUGAGGUACAGGAAUCUGCAAUAAACCUUUAUUGAUAUUUUG